AGGUGGGGAUACCUUAGGUACAAUAUGGGAUAUUUGUUGUAAUUAAAGAUUAAUGAGUAAUUCAAAAGUUCUCCCACAUACAAAUGCAUUGAACGUAGAAAAUGCUGACAUCAGCGAAAUUGAUGAAUCUUCUCUGAUCAACUAUGGUGAUAAUAAUGAACAAACUGACACAACCCGAACCCGAAACACUCAACCACAGGUUAAAAACCACUUCAUAAUCAACCAAACAAUCCUGUUCGUUUAUAUUUCAUUCUUCUCAAUAAUUGGAUGUUUUUUACGGAUUGGAAUCGACCUCGUGUUCAGCGCCGAGCUCGCUCACAUUGAAUCUUCAACCCAAAUUAUUGUACAGUCGUAUUUCUCCAACAUUUUUGGUUGUUUUCUACUUGGAUUUAUUCAUAGAUUGAAUUUAAAGCCUGGACCCCUUGUGACUGGGCUUACCACAGGUUUGUGCGGAUGCUUGACAACUUAUUCAAAAUGGAAUCAACAAAUAAGUUUGUUGCUUGUUGGCAUGGUAACAACCACCAGCCAAUCACAGCUCUCUGCUAUUUGCGUGAUCACAAUAGGCAUGCUCACGUACUCCUGCUCGUAUAUCACAGGAGAAGAUUUUUCACGCUGGGUUGUUUCACGAAAUGUCAUAAAACGUCAAUUAUCAAAGAAAGCAUCAACAAUAUGUCAUUGUUGCAUCACAAUGUCUCUUGUUAUCAUCAUAACUGUUCUGCUGGCAUUAAUAUUUAUCUACCAAUCUAAGUCCUAUGUUAUACUCACUCUAUGUUUAAGUGGCUUGCUAGCACCUCUAGGGGCAAGCAUGAGAUAUGUGAUAUCUAUGGUCACACCUAAAUUUGACUUCAAGAGAAAAGUCGUCGUUUUGAAUCGACUUCCCACUGGGACAUUGCUGGCAAAUGUAUUAGGUUCAAUUGCUAUUGCAGUGUGUUAUGUUAUAAAGUUACAUACACACAACACAACUACAAUGGUUUACUUGGAUGGGAUACAAACUGGAUUUCUUGCAUGUUUAACUACAGUCUCAUCCUUUAUUGGGGAGGUUAUACAACUGAGGAGAAAUAAACCUGGCAACACUGGUCAAGAAUCUGGCAACACUGCUAGCUAUGCUUAUGUUGUAAUUACAAUUACACUGUGUUUGUUUUGUGGUAGCAUGGUUAAUUUGACCAGUGUUAAUGCUUAUCAUGAAUUAGGUUUAUUGAGUGAUUUAGCAAAUAUGACUAACACAGGGUUAUAGCUACGAGAAUAAGCAAGAAAAAUGCCUUUAUUUCAUUAGUAGGUGCCCUGUACACCUUAUGCUCAUUGUCAAAGUAGGAUACUUUCAUGUUUAUCUUCGGGAUAGGAAACCAAGGGGUUUAAUACGCAGUGGUGUAUGAUACCACCUUAUACAACAUAACUUUUUUGCUGUGCUAUCAGGUAGAUUAUUUUGUUUGGGUUGUUUAGGGCAUUAUUUAUGUAAUACAUCAAGGUUGUAAUAGAUUAAACCUUGCCUAUUUAUUGCAACCUUUUUACUGCUGCUCUGUUUAAACUUAUCUUGCCUUUACUAAACACUCGCUUAAUGCACAUUUUUCCGUUAUACACAAUUUCUAUUACUUGUUAUUAACGUUACACAGACUCCUAGUUGUUGUUCAUUGUUUUCUUCAGCGUUGCAUUUUGUGAUUAUUUUGAAAUAAACAACUUUUGUUCAAAA